AUGUUACCUUCCGCUUGUCUCGCGGCUCUCCUGCCCCGCGCCGAAGAGGGCAGUGCUUCUGAUGCCUGUGAUACAGGAAAUGAGUAUGAUGGCCGUCUGGGCCUGCGUAUAUCCGCAGUUUUUGUAAUCCUGAUCGGUUCUUCCUUGGGUGCCUUGCUCCCUGUUUGGGCUCGAUUCUCGUCUCCCAAGCUUGGAAAAAUGCCAAUGAGUGUCCUCCCUUGGACUUUUUUUGUUGCAAAAUACUUCGGUUCAGGUGUCAUUGUGGCGACAGCUUUUAUCCACCUCCUUGCACCCGCCCAUGAAGCUUUGACGAACCGCUGUUUAACAGGGCCCCUUACUGCAUACCCGUGGGUGGAAGGGAUCAUGCUUAUCACAAUUAUCGUCCUUUUCUUCACUGAACUCAUGGUCAUUCGAUUCGCUCGCUUUGGAGAUGGACAUAUCCCUAAGGAGAUUGAAAAUGGUUCCCAGUCGCCCAGCCACGUCUCGCAUGCCCAAGACCAGCAGCCGGAAAUUGCACCUUCCGAUAACACACAAGACCAUAUGGGCCAGAAUCACGAGCAUCUGGCGAAUUCUUCUUCCAACGAGAACAACAACAACAACACCAACAGCCACUCCCGUCUUACAGAGAAAAGAUCACUCCACAACCAGGUUCAAGACAAUCACCACCAUUCCCACAGUCAUGGUCUCCCUUCCCUCGUAGUAGAUUACAGCGCGCAGCUAACCUCCAUCUUCAUCCUCGAAUUCGGCAUCAUUUUCCACUCAAUCUUCAUCGGCCUCACUCUCGCCGUCGCCGGCCAAGAAUUUGUAACUCUCUACGUCGUGCUAACCUUUCACCAAACCUUCGAAGGUCUCGGUCUAGGCUCGCGUCUCGCAACAGUCCCCUGGCCGCGCUCCAAGAAACUAACACCAUACCUGCUUGCCAUCGCCUUCGGCCUCUCUACUCCAAUUUCCAUUGCCGUUGGCCUGGGUGUUCGCAUGACAUAUCCGGCGGAGGGGCGGACUACACUGAUAGUGAAUGGCGUCUUUGAUUCUAUAUCUGCGGGCAUCCUGAUAUACACGGCUUUAGUGGAAUUGAUGGCGCAUGAGUUUGUAUUCAGCCCCUCGAUGCAGCGGGCACCACUUCGGGAGGUGCUGGCUGCGUUCGGACUUCUCUGUUUGGGCGCAGGGCUGAUGGCCCUGUUGGGAAACUGGGCUUGA